GUGAAACUGAAGGAAGGAGGAAGGAUGGACGGUCUCGUGUGGAGGCAGUGCGCGGCAUGGCCUUACGACGGCCAUUCAUGAGUCAUCGACUUUGAUUAUGUGAUUAUGUCACCAUGACCGUCCUGGACAUCAUACUAAUGCUCUCCUACCAGCUGCUCAUUGGCCUUGAUGCUGCCAGCGCUCUGCACUACAAGCGGCGCGGCCCCUUCUGCUUCCACAUCGCUGCGCACGCAUCGUUUCGUCUGGAGCCACAGAGGCGCAGCUGCCGCAUUGGUGCAGCCACACAUCCUCGCAGACCCGGGACGACUCAGCUGGCUGCCGACCCGACAGACGACUCAGCGGCAGCGACGGCUCGUCCAUCUGUUAUCCUCCUAAGGCUGCUCGAGACUUCCCAGAGGCUGCAGCGACGGCGCAGCAACGACAGCUCCACCCAAACACUGCAGAACAAGGCGGCCAACGAGCCUGAGGCACAUGACGAUGAGUCGGUCUGGGCGGUGGCUCUGCUGCCAGCUGCUGAGAGUGCCGAUGCCCUCAACGUGACCACCACCAUGGCUGCGCCUGAGGGCGAGAUCGGCGAGGGCAGGCGAGAAGGCGAUCCUGUUGAGGGCAGCUGGGGCUACCUGGUGCCAAUCUUCCCGUCGCUCAACAUCUCUGCCGCUGCUGCCUCCCUCCCCUCUGUCACUGAUAUGAAUGUGCGCAUGCCGGAGAACAUCACGCGGCUGGUGCAGUCGGCCGGGUCGCAGGCGCAAGAGCAGCUGAGGUCUAUCGGCAAGCUGUCGACAGAGGCGCUGGGCAGGCUGGUUGCCGACGAGGGCUUGCAGAACCUGACUCUACCUGUGACGUCUUUCCUCUGGGAUGCCCACAGCCGGCUGGCGGGUCUCUCACAGAUCCCGGCUUCGCUCGCCGCCCAGCUGCCCGGGGACUCGCUGCUGCUGCUGCUGAUGGGCAACACGAGUGGGUUGGCGGACGCAGUGCAGAACGUCCUCAGCCUGCAGAAUGUGACAUGGCUCAUGGCCACGUCCGCCUACAACCAGUCCCAGGCCCUCAUGAACGCCACACUGGUGAGGCCGCUGGCCAACCUGAGCGACGCGUGGAGUCUGCAGGGCCUCGACAGCAUCGGGGUGCUCCUGAGCAAGGCCAGCAAUGCGACCCUGCCUUAUGCGUUUGUGCUGCCUGUGGAGAGCCCGUCGCUUGAGUCGCUGCUGGGGUCACUGGAGGGCAUCCUGCGGGCCAACACGAGUGCCGCUAUGAGAGAGGAGGGGGAUGGCACGGACGGCGGUGACACUGAUGGGGGCAUCUCGCUGCUUAAUCCCGUGCCAGAGAGGGUGCUGGAUGUCCUCAGGGUGAGCUCACCUGCUGAGGGAGGCGGCCUUCCUUCAUCGUCACAUCAUUUCAUUCCAUGCAUAGCGUGUGUGUAUGUGUGUGUAUGGUGUUGUGUUGUGUUGUGUUGUGAGGUGGCUCAGCGUGAAGGCCCCCCGAUUGCCCGGCAGCUGUCGAGUCGAUACUUCUUGGCGAACAGGAGGAUCAAAGAACUCAUCGAAAUCGCACUGGUCGGGGCAAACACUACAUACACUCAGACAGAGAGAGAGAUACGGAGAAACCAGCAAAGCCGGCCAUCGUCUUUGCGCUGUUGCGUUGGUGGCCUUCCUUAUCAUCACCAGAUGACAGAGCGCGGCCCCGAUGUGCCUGAGGCCAUCCACUUGAAGCUCUCGCUGCUGGACCAGCUGGGCAACCUCAGCUCCCCCUUCCACAACGACACACCGCCCCACAUUGUCUUCUUCAACGAGCCAGAGGAAAACGUCCAUCGCAUCCCAUCGCACGAGGCCAUGCUGCUCGAGGACAUCGCAGUCUCCAAAGACAGCCUCACCGGCCUCUCAGACGACCUGAGCGCGAGGCCGGGACAGUUCGGGUGAGAGCCACACACACCGACAGCCAGCGACCAACACAACACCCACGUGAUGAUUGCUGGCUCCUGUCUUUUCCUCUGGUCGUUGUGCAGGUAUCGCGCGAGAAGGGCGCGGUAUGGCGUGCGCCGUUUUCUCGCGAGUGUCUUUCGCGGCAUCAUGCGCUGGAGGGCAGCUGUGUCGGAGGCAUGGCAGAGACGCAAAAGGCAACAACACCAGCAGAGACCGCAGGACGGCCCACUAGAUGAGACGGCGGCCAAUAGGAAACCGUCUGGCACGUGGCGCCUCAUCCAAUGGGUCGGCAGCGGCCCGAAAGGGCUGUCUAGGCUCAAGUAAUGACAGACACCCCCUGGCUGCCCAACAGUUAUGCAUCCCUCCCUCUGUGUCUUUUCUCUGCCCAGGCGUCUGGUGCGGCGGCGUGAGCGAGCGGCGCUGCACCGGCUGACCACUGAGGAGCUAAACCGCCUCAAGAUGGCCUUGCGCUUCGAGAUCUCCAACUGGCGAUCCACCUGGAUCGGGAGAGACCUCGCAAGACUCUCACGCCUCCGACGGCCGGACAGGAACGACUCGGUGCCCUCCCUGGUGAUCCGAGACGACGUCGACGGCGCGUGCAUCACGCCGGCAGACGAGCUCGAAGAAGACGCUGACAGCAGGGCGCUCGAGAGUUUGCUCGAGAAGACGGCCAAGGACCUGUCUGCUGCCGCUGCCGCUGCUGCUGGUGCUGGUGGGCGAGAGCAGCCGGUGGCUGGUGUUGCGGGUGGCGAUGGCGAUGGCGGUGGCGGUGAGGGCAAGGGUGAGGUGAGGGGGGAGAUCAUGCACUCUCGGGUGGCCCAUGCGGCUACCGUCGACGAGUGGCAGAGCACCUUCAGGCUCUUCCGGAGGCAGACACCGCUCAUCGAGAGGUCAGCAACACACACACACACACACAGAUACAUCGACAGACAUACACAAACGGGCUGGUGCUGUGCAUGCAGGUACAUCGCCUCGGCGGACGCGGCGCUCCCCGGGCCCACCGAGUCGUCCUUCUCAUGCUCGGCGGUCAAGUACCCCCUCCUGCUGCACUCUAUGCUCCUCGCCGCCCUCUCGCCAUACAACCUGAGGCUCAAAGACGCCGACCUGCCCAUGGCCAUACCGCAGCUGCCCAGCUUCGAGCUGAGCCUGGCCAACCAGACCAUGACGUCAGGCAUCAGCUUCGUGCCGAUUGGGUCGAUUCCGCAGCUGGUGGAUGUGCUGUCGUCUGACGAUAAGAGGCAAGCCGUCAUCGAGAAGGCCCAGCUGCUGGCCUCCCUCCACGGCCGGGGCAGCAGCAGCAGCAGCAGCGGCAAGGUGGUGCCUGUUGAGGCGGUGCCUGUGGAUGCCACCGAUGGGUCUGGCGAGUCGACAACCGGAGUGGCGGCCUCCCUCCCUCUGCCCAUGAUGCCCCUGCUGUCCAAUGUGGUCGACAGAGAGCCGGCACACACACCCACAGCCGCAGCCGCAGCCAGCACAACAACAGCGUCUGCAUCUCAACAGCAGCAGGAGGAGGAGGCCGAGGCGCUGAGGGGCAGGGCGGUGGCCGAUCUGCUGAUGAAGAAGGCCAUUGAGGUGGAGAAGGGCAAGGGGGACGUCGCCGUGCACACCGUCGUCUCCGACAAAGCAUGCGCGGUGCGUGCGGUCGGUGAGGGGGCGGCAGCCAGCCAUCGGUGCAUUUGAUAGAUUGGAUGGGUGUGUCGUUCGUGUUUCUCCCUUUCUCCAUAUGUUCAUUCACCCAUUCGUUCAGGUCAUCGGGGUGUCCCCCUCCCUGAACCUGACUGUGGUCAGCUUUCGGGGCACCAAGGACCCCGUCGACGUGCUCACCGACAUCCAGUUCAUCUCGGCACCAUUCAAGCCCAGAAACGUCCCGCGAGGCCACCGCUCGCGCAUCCCCGUCUCUGUGCCCGUCCGGAUGGCCCACCACCCGCACCAUCCAGGCGCCCCAGCCAAGGACGGCAGCACCAGCAUGGAUGCAGCGGCCAGGGAGCCGCGGCGCGCGUCGCUGCUGGCGUCGCUGGGUCUGCGGUUCAGGGGCAUCCGGCAUGGCCGGGCGCACUUUGCCAAGGAGAGGGAGGCCGAGCCGACUGCGAGUGCGGCAGAUAGCAACACGAUGGAGGUCCACAGGUACGUACGCAGAACAAAGGGCUUUCUGCUCAUGAAUGCGAUGCCUUCAUGAUCGCGAUAAUGCAGGGGUUUUGCGAUGGCGUUCGAGUCGAUUCGCGACGAGGUUUCGUCCAUUCUCAACCGCUACUCGUACACCGACCCCGCGGGCGGCCAUCGCCGCUUUCCGCACGAGGUGGUCUUCGUGGGCCACUCGCUGGGCGGCGCCUUGGCCCACCUGGCGGCCGUCUACUUCCACGACCUGCGGCCGCGGCUCGUCACAUUCGCCGCCCCAGCGACGGGCAACCUGGCCUUCUGCCGGUGCCUGGAGCAAGUGGCGCGGCCGUACGGGGGGCUGCGGGUAUGGAAUGAGGGCGAUGUGGUGCCCUACAUUGCCCAGCUGGUGGGAUACAGCCAUGCCGGCAUUCCCAUCAAGUGCCGGCUGCCCAGGUGGGCGAGAAGAGAAGGGCAGGGCAGGGCGGGGCGGGGGGGAUAUAUGACUUCUAUCUAUCAUCAUGAUGAUGCUCUCUGGGUGUGCGUGUGUGUGUGUUGUCCGACAGGUCUGCGAUAAUGAAGUUCGAGCAGGAGAACGUCGGUCCUGUGUUUGGCUUCCGCGUCGUGGCGCCUCACGUGCUCUUCCAGGUCACACACACACAUUCACACACACAUGCACACGUGUCAUCCAUCUGUCUGUCGUGUCAAUCAAUCGACCUGGUCAACCGUGUGUGUGUUGUGUGUCAGGUUGGCCCGGCCGUUUAUGUGUUUCCCAUCAUCACGCAGGACGUCCGAAGCGCCAGUGAGGCCGCCAAGGCCGCACAGCAGGAGACAGCGGACGAGGCCAAGGAAUUGCAGCCCUCAUGAAUGAGCAGUGAUGAGAAUGGAACAACGAGUGGCUGACUUUGUUGUGUUUUGUGAGGUUAAGGCGACUCUGAGGGAGCGUUGUGUAUACUGACUGGUGUGCUGCGCGUGUGAGAGAGAGACCGACCGCCUCUCAUCGAUUGUGCGGAUGAGAUGAAAGUUCAUUUAGUGACUUCUUCCCUCACGUAAUUGUCAUCGACCGUC